AUGAUGAUUUAACGAAAAUAUCAAGACAAUAAUCAUGAAAUUCCAGUGCAUAAGAGGAAAAUUUAUCAAUUUUUGAUUGAAGUGCAAUUUCUCCAUCUUUCACUUAUCCCCAAUACUAGUGUAAAAGUAUGAAUAAUUUAAGGUAAUUUUUAGAUAGAAACAACCAUCUGA